GGAAAAAGGCUAACAUGACGUCGUCGUGCUUGUACAGAGUUCAGAGCUAAAGCCUUUUGAGUUCAUGUCUAAAAGUGUGUCUGAGUGAAAAGAAAAAAAAAAUAGAAAAAUAAGAGGAAAAUAAACAGGAUAAGAUGAAGAGAAAACAAAGGCGUUACAGAACGACAUUUAAUUCCCUGCAAUUGCAAGAGCUUGAACGAGCAUUUCAACGAACACAUUACCCAGAUGUCUUUUUCCGCGAAGAGCUAGCCGUUAAAAUUGAUUUGACAGAAGCACGUGUACAAGUGUGGUUUCAAAAUCGUCGUGCAAAAGCUCGCAAACACGAAAAAGGCCAAGAAUUCGGUUCAAAAGACGAUCAAUCCACGUAUUUGGGUUACGACGAUAGUCCGCCGUCGACAAAUUUACUCGGCGAGUCCAGUGAGCAGCAACCCUCGACGGAUUGUGGCGUCUCCGACAUGGAUAACAUGCGAUUAUUUAGUGUCACGCACGCAUCUCCCGAUCGUUUAUCGCCGAAUUUAUUUUUAAACUUGAAUUUUGAUCCGAGUUCCUCGUUCGACCACAACUGCCUCUCGUCGUCGAGUCAAUCGUGCAGCAAUCCACUGAAUGCCUUGACGUUCGAAUGGAGUACAACGACGACGACGACGGGAUCCUCGCCGCAACAUCACGCAUUUUUGGGCGGAAACAGAAAUUUGUAUGCGAAAAUUCCGACGCCGCCGCCUUCCUCGGGAAUUCAUGAACAUGACUCGCCGACGACGUAUGACGCGUAUGUCGAUCAAUUCAGCAUUUUGAAUUUGGAUCAGAGUAUUUUGGGCGGAUCGAGUGGCGCGAUUGCCAUUCAGGACAUGGAGAAGGGACAAUGUCUCAAUUUGGAUAGUUUGCAGUCGUUUGCCUUGAGUGACGAUGCGAAGCAUAACGAGCUCAUAGAUUUGGAGAAACCAAUUAACAUUAACAUUAACUUAGAUAGUCUAAAUGAUGAUAAAUUUUAGUGAAUUCCUUAUCAAUGUUCUGUUUUUUUCCUCUCUUUCAUAGCAAAUAUUUACCGAAAUUAGUCAAAUAAUGUUUUUAAAUUUUAUUGCAAUAACAAAAAAUAGAAAAAUUUAUUCAGCCUUGUUUAAGAGGAAGCUCAAAUCCGAUUCAGGUGGGUAUU